AUGGAUCGUAGUUGGAUGUAUGGUAGACGUGACACAAAGGAUUUCAUGCAUGGGGUUUCGGAGUUCUGUAUGAGUGCUUUGCAACAUCAAGCUAGUACGGGGGUCAAAGAGUUUUUUUGUCCUUGUUCCGAUUGUGAGAAUGUGAACACGGUCAAUAAUAUUUUGGUGAUUAGAGAUCAUGUAUUUAUGCGUGGUUUUAGACCUAAUUACCAUGUAUGGGUUUAUCAUGGUGAGAGUGGAGUGUACGUAGGUAAUUCUAGUAAGAAUGUUGUGCAUGAACAAGAAGAAGCUAUCUAUGUGGAAGAGGAAGCCGAUUGUUUUGAGGAUGACGAUAAGGUUGAAAAUAGUAUUGAUGAUGAUAAUGAUCGUGUGGAGGACAUGUUACACGAGGUCGAGGAUGAGGUUCGCAAUCGUGUUUUUGAGUGCUUGUCUAAGGCGGCUGAAACGCCACUGUAUCCUGGUUGUACAAAGUAUAGCAAGCUUUCCGCUGUGUGCACACUCUACAAUAUCAAGACAAGCGGAGGCUGGACUGACAUUAGUUUCACUGAGUUGUUGGUGGCGCUAAGUGAUAUGUUAUCGGCUGGCAAUGAACUUCCUAGGUCGAACUAUUAUGCCAAGAAGCUCAUGUGUCCCUUUGGUUUAGAGUACAAGAAGAUACAUGCUUGUCCAAAUGAUUGCCUGCUAUAUCAUAAGCAGUAUGAGAAUUUGGAUAAGUGUCCACGGUGCGGAGUGUCGCGUUACAAACGCAAAGGGGUAAGCGAGGGUAAGAAUGUGUACCCAGCUAAGGUGUUGUGGUAUCUUCCCAUAAUACCGAGAUUCAAGCGCCUGUUUUCGAUAAAAAAAGAUGCAAGGAAUUUGAGGUGGCAUGCAGAUCCUGAUCGAAGGAAGAAAGAUGGUUUGCUUAGACAUCCUGCUGAUUCUCCCCAGUGGAAGACUAUUGACAAGCUUCAUGACACUUUUGGUAAGGAACCUCGGAAUUUGAGGCUUGGGUUAUGUACGGAUGGGAUGAAUCCAUUUCGCACUCUUAGCUCCCAACAUAGUACAUGGCCAGUACUUUUAGUCAUAUAUAAUUUACCUCCUUGGUUGUGUAUGAAACGCAAGUACAUCAUGUUGUCGCUUCUUAUAUUGGGGCCUAAACAGCCGGGAAACGACAUAUAUGUCUACCUUGAACCUCUCGUUGAUGAUUUGAGAAAGAUGUGA